AUGGGCAGUAGCCAAAGCCUGAAUCACAAUCCGGGCGACAUGAUGGACCAUCAUCAGUAUCCUGAUAUGAACAUGAUCUUCAAAGGCAUCCCGAAAAUGAUUCAGGUAACCUUAUUGCUUGAUUCUAUUUCAUCUAAGUAAUUUUUAGGUGGCCGACGACAUGCACAGAAUGACAGACUACAUCAUGGAUCUCCGCAACCUUACCAUUGCGGUUCUAGCCAUUUCAAUAGUCGGACUCCUCUGUUUUCUAGUUCUGAAGAUGGUGCACAACAAGAGUUCGAGGAGAAAGCGACGCUCGAUUCAGCGACAGGUGCCUUCAAAAAAGAAAGGGUCAUUAUGAAAUCAUUUUUAUGAUGUUCUAGAUAGAAGAAGGAUACCCGCCAGCUGCUCCCAGAUACUAUUACCCGUCGCAGUACGCCCCCGAACCAUGGGAUCGACCAAAACACACUUACAGGUUAGAAUUUUGGCGUUUUCGCUUGUAUCUUUGAGAUGUUUCAGUCCGUCUAUCGACGAGAAGAAACAAUUGGACUGCAGAAAUAGCAGCCCAGAGUUCAAAGGGAAUGGAUCGGUGAACUACAAGGUAGAUUUAACCUAAAAUGUAAAAUUUGGUAUCCAUUUCAAAACAAUUUUCAGCCCUACACCAACGAGUCGACUGAAAUCUCGCCGGAAGUCGAGAAGAAGACGUCGUUGAGCAACGACAUGUCGCAUCGAGGAGCCGCUACCGCCAACGUGCCAAAGGUAAUUAUUGACUCGGAGAACUAUUUUUGAUAAAGUUUCUCCCUUUUGCGUCAGUCAAUUGUCAGCUUUGUCCUUCUGUACUACCCUUUCGUUGCCUUGUGAUAUGUAUUCCCCUCUCACUACAUUAACCUCACCCCAGCCUCGUCCCUUGCGAUCCAUUCCGCCGCUUUCAAACCGUUUUUUAUUUCAUUUUUUGUCUCAGUUCAGUUGUCGACGUAGAUUCUUUUCCAGAGAUCACUUGAUCCAAUCAAGUUAGUGGUCGGUGAUCUUCCGUAUGUUGACUCGUCAUGA